UUCUUGUUUACCCACGCAACCAGUGGUCGAAGUGUCGGCUACUCAUUCGAAAAGACGGAAAACUUUUUUGUUUUCUCGAAUAAUAAUUAUUCUGUUAUUCACUCAUAGUUUAACAAAAGUAGCUAGAGGAGUAAAAGACGAAACACCUUUUUUUAGGUUUUUUGAAUAAUGAUAAUUCUGUUAGUCAUAAUUUAACAAAAGUUGAGUAAUAUGCGGGAAAACACUUUCACACAUAUUAAACAGUUUCCAAACAUCAAGCUAUGUUGAUCAAGAAAUAGAAAGAUAUUGAAGAUAAACAAAAUGUCAAGACAGGGUGUGCAGAAAGGUAGGACUCCCAACAAGCCCUUGAAGAAAGCACAAUAUGGCCCUCGAGCAAGUAUUCCCCCAUCACGUGCCGGCUCCUUACAGACACGACAGAUGACUGGUUCACAAGGCAGAAACACGGCACUGACACCAGGCAGAGCAGCAAAUGAUACACGAAUCCAGUAUGUAGCUCCUCCAGAAUAUGACACAGUGGGGUUGAUGAACUUGAUUCAGACAUACCUGGACAAAACUGGUCUAGAGAAGAACUUUUUUCAGCUACUUCACUUACUUCUGCAGAGAGAGGAGUUACCGUACAAUCCUUAUUCAGAUUUGGCUCUCAAACUACGGCCAUAUGCUGAGAGGUUUAUCAUGUACACAGACACAGAUGACCAGAUUGAUCAUAUGACCACUAUACCUCUGAAGGAAACUAGUCUCUUGAACUUGUACACCAUCAAGAGUUCUGAGGCAGUUUGGGGCCUGAAGAGCAUUCUACGGACUGUCAAUGUAGGAGCCUUGCAGAAGUAUCGAUGGUUGAUUGAGGAUGUCACACCAAAACAGGACAGCAUGUUUCAAAAGGAAGGCUAUUCUACUCAGGUGAUGGCUGCAUUAGUUGGAGCAGCAGUAUUUCAUGGUUCUUUCUAUUCUGAAUGCUACAUUGUUCAAGUUCGUCUGGAAUAUCUGGUGACAGGCUCAGACCUGGGAACUGGUGUUGAAAUUUUCAUCAACAGUAUUAUGCUUGACAUAGAUACUAUGGCUGAAGGCCACACACCACAUGUCCUUCUUGGUCUGAAUGUUCCCGUUGAAGAUGAUGAAGUUUGGGAACAACAAUUUUGGGACAUAGAAAGUAUAUCUGAUAACAAGGAAAAUCUUCUGCAGCUUAUCAGCAAUGCUGUAGGUUUCUCAAAGAACAUAGUUGCAGAGUGUAUCUUCAAAGUGGACCCAUCACAAAAGAGCUACAUCCGAGGUCAAAAGCAAUACUGUCUCAACUUCAUCACUGUUGUGGAAAACAAUUUGAAAGAAGAAGGGCUUCAGAGUUUUGCAGAGUUUCCUAUGGGUUCACUUCAUGAGGGUGUAUUUCUCAAUCAGACUCAGGCUGAAGCAUAUAUCUCAAUCUUUGCUCCACAGACAUCAGCUGCAGACACAGAGAACAUCAAACGCACCUCAGCACGACCUGCAAAGUCAACCACCAGAGGUCAAGAGAACGGUCGAAAGCGACCAUCCAUGGUCAUUGAAGAUGAUCGAACAUUAAUUCAUCGUCAUGUCCAUGCAAGAAUUGAGCAGAUGAAACCAACAAAAAUACGCAUUGAUGGAUUUAGAAUAGGGGAGGACGCUGGCUUUGGACCUUUUGCCUGGCAGAUCACAAGCCCUAUAAAGUCAAAUCUACAGAGGCGCAUUGCACAGUUUCAUCCUCAAGCCCAGCUGUUUGACAUUGUUUAUCAUGUCUUGCUGCUUGGUCUCAUGGACAGAUCAUUCUUUGAUGUAAGCUUGAUGCAUGAGUUGUACCGCUUAUGUCAUGGCACAGCUGGACGCCUCCACAUGUUGACAGAGCAAAACAAAGCACUCCGUGGUCUCAUCAGAGGGCUUAUUGAGAUUGAUGAGAUUUCUCUUGUUCGAUCUCAUAUUCAACAGUAUAGAAACAACCUGGAUGAAGUCUUAGCACACAGUCUUCAUGAUCGCAGCACAGAACUUGUCAUGGUUGGAAAAGCAAUGGUAGCAGAAGUCAACAGACUGCUGCAACCAUCAGACUUUGACAUUAGUUCUAGCACCUACAUUGAUCAAAUUAUAGCAACACUUCGCAGUUUAUACAGCUUUAGUACCAUGCUACUGAUCGAGCUUGCAGAAGACAGCAUGCACUGGUGUCCACAUCUUAAGGACAUGAUCUCCAAACUACAUCAAACAUUUCCUGAAGAGGUACUGAAACCUCCGACACUCAUUAGAGAUGAAGCAACUACUGGUCAGGGAGCUCCUCUUGGAGAUGGAACUGACAUUUACAAACAUGGAUGGAAGAUGAACAGAUCAAAAGUCAUGAGAAAUCAGGUAAAUUUUUUAAUUAACAUCCAGAUGUGUGUCGAGAGAGAUGUGUCACCUCAGAUCAUGAGAACUGAGAGUGUCCUCAUCAAAUACAUCACAGAUACUCACUUGGAUGAAGUUUGGCAUGGUUUCCUGGUCAGCCUUAAAGAUUCCAUGUUCAUGCCUGCAAACCCAUACCCCCAGUUCCUUGGUCUUAUGAGGGCUUGUUGCAUGAAAAUGGACCUGUUUUAUGAGAAAGUAUCUACCCUGGAGAGUCGUUUAAUGACUUCAGGGAUAUAUAUCAUUGAUGCAAACAAUUUCAUCUUUCACCUUCCAGGCUGUGAUGCCUUUGGCCCAGAAAGUGCAUUGAUAAUGAUGGAUCCUGGAGCCUAUGUUCCCAUCUACAAGUUAAUUGAAGAGAAUUUAACAAACAAGAGCUACAUACAUCGCAAGGGGCCAUACAGGGUUGGAAUCUGUCUGGGUAUGGUUGCUCCAAGCACACUAUAUGGCAAAAUGUCUCCAUACCUCCAUUCCAUUGAGCUGCAUGAACAUUACUAUAUCCAGGGACCAUUGGGCUGUGAAGCAGAUGCUAGACAACUGUUUGGUCGAAUGGUGCAAGCUCAUGUGGCAGAGAUGAUUGAUCUUGCUAGCUUUCCUGUUUAUGGCAUAGUGAUGGGAAAUGACAAAAUCAGGUGGUCGUGGGUGGAUAUUAUCAACAAACGACAAGGUUUUUGGGAAGAGCUGGAGAUGGUCUGUGCCCGCAAGGAGCCGAUUGUACUGAAGGCAUACAUAAAGACAGAAGACUGGCGAUACUUGAGGGUGAACAAAUAUUUUCUUCUUCACUUCAUCACAGAUGACAGUCUAGAAAAUACCAAGUAUUUUCCUGAGAACCCUGCCAUCUUCUAUGAGACAGUUUUCUUCACCAAGGAAAGAGCAGCAUUUCACUAUCAAAAUGAUGGCCCUCCUAGAGGAGGUAAUCCCAACAGCUUGACUAAUGCACGCAUUGUAGGUCAGUAUCUUGACCGUGAGAUCUUGAGAACACAGGAAGAAGCUGACUGGAUUAUGGCUUAUAGAUAUCUCCUGCUCAAGUCUCUUAUUACUAAGAGAGAUAGCGGAGCAGCAGCUGAGGCCUGGCGGAUGUUUCACAGCGUUGCUGGACAAGCUGCAUAUGUUGCAUCACUCUGUGAGUCUCUGCAAGAUCUAGUGUUUUUAACACUGGAGUACAUGGAGUAUUCAAGCCAGAAUGAACUCAGAGUAGCACCUGAGGAAGGUGAUGGUGAUAAGUAUCAGCCUCCUCCUGCACAGGAAGAAACCCCUAUUCCAGUCAGCAUAGAAGUUAUUAACCAGAUGACUGCAGCUCUCUAUCAGAAGGCCAUGUCAAUCAGUCGUCUGCAGACAGCAAUGCUUCCCAAGGCAAUGCCAGACUACAUGGAAGGAAAGUUAAAGACCAUCAUAGAACACGAUGCAGUCAGUGGUGACAUAUUCCUCAUCAUAGAAUAUGAGAUAAUUGAAUCUAUUGAAGAGAUAAAACAGAUGUUUCUGGGCCUAACAGCCAUGAUAGGUGGUGACAUGCACUCUACAUCAACUCAUGCCAAAUCUGCUAUUGUGAAGGCUCAGCAAGGCAUUGAUGUGCGACCUAGCUCUGUUGCCUCGCAGAGUUUAGUGGAUCCUGACAGAUUCCGAAGGUCCCGACCCAAGGCCACAAAGAAAAUUCUUGAAGAUGAAAUGCUAUAUGCUUAAGAGUUGAAGAUUGGUUCUUCUCAGUCAGCCGUUUUAACUUCCUCCUUUUACGGCUACAGACAGUAAUAUAACUAUUUGGACAAGAUUUGCCAUUGUGAAAAUUGUACAUCUUUUCUUCGGGCAAAACUCGAAGGACAGGAACUGGACUGGUGCUGAAGAAGUGUUGUGAUGUAAGCUUUUAGAACAUGGCAUCCUAGUCAAAGCCAGGCUCUCCAUGCAUUACAAACAUGAGAAAAUAUCACAGAUAAAAUUCCUGUGACUCUCUCUGUGAAGAUAAUGGGAAUGUCAGAUGUUCUUCUGCUGGAUGACAUUCAUGGCCAAAAGGGAGACAGAUUGAAAAGUCAUUGUCAUUAUCAAUAAUCAGAAAUAUAGAUCCCAUGCAGGAGAAUGUACAUGAUCACAAAGCAGAAGUUUCAGUACAGUCACGUGACUGUUUGGCAUUUACAUAAAAUCUAUCACAGAGAGGACUUGUACAAAUGACAAAACUGUGAUGGCAUAAGACUUACCAGCAGUCACAGAGGACAUCAGGAGAGGGAAAAAAAUGGCCACAGGCAAGUAAACAGUCCAGCGCAAAGCUGAUAACAUCAUAAAGUGUAGGUUGGUACAAAAGGCAUUACAAGCACAGCAAAUCCAAGCAAAAAACCAAAAAUGAGGAGGAAAGCUGGCACCAUGGACUUACAUUCGUGCUGGCACCUUCAAACCUGAAGGGACACCACUCUCAAGACUUGAAUAGCCAUGAUAAAUUUUUUUUAAAAUAUUUGGAAACAUACUGGGUCAUUUCUUUACCUGUGAAUAAUUUUUCUAGUUUUUCAGAAUUUGGGAGUGUAAAUAUGCAGCUGCUGUGCAUCAAAUGUUGUGAAGCCUAAUAAAGGACAUUAUUUCAUGCUCACAUUUAGAUCUUAGGUUGAGUGAGCUUUUCCUGAAAAUCUAGUGAAUGGGAAGAUGCUGACUGCAUGCAUUUUACAAGUGUCUCCUAAAAUCUUUCCACCGGCAAAUGUUGGGCAUUAAUAAACACAUCCAAUCCUGAAUACAUAAAGGUGUUCAUAAGUAA